AAUUUGUGUGUGGGGUGAUCUGAUGCGUUAAUAAGGCGAAAUCUCUGACUGACUUCUUCAGCAAUUGCUGCUUCGCGUCUGCAACCGCGAUGGGCUCGCCUGUGAUGUGGCUCCGAUACUUCGCCGCUAAGGCCAAGUUCGCCCUCAGCCAAAAUCUCGAGGUUUACAAGCGAGGUCACAUCAGUCAGAAGGAGCUGGUGGACGGGGUGGCAAGGGGGUUGAUGAGAGGGAGGUUGACGUUUCGGAGCGUAUUGAAGGGAGAUGAGAUGCAGCCGACCUUUGGAGGAGGGAAGGAUGGCGAGAUGCUUCUCAUCCGCUCGCUGCCAGAGACGAAUCCCAAGCCAGUGUUCGUGGGAGAUGUGGUAGUGUUCAAAGAUCCAAAGGAUCCUGAAAGAAGACUGAUUCGGCGGAUAGCAGCAAUGGAGGGAGACGAGAUGGUGUCCUCCUCUGAAGAAGACACGGCAUUCCACCUUCCAGCUGGAAGUUGUUGGGUUUUGUGUGACAAUGAGCAGAAAAGCCCCAAGGAUGCUAUGGAUAGCCGUGUCUUCGGGCCACUGCCUGUGCGGAACAUUAUUGGGAGAGCAAUCUACUCGAGUCGUUCUCCAGUCGACCAUGGGCAGGUGGUGAACAGUGAGGAGGCGAUGGAGCAAGAUUCGCCUAUCCUAGCAGUAGAGCUGAACAUCGGCGAGAUGACAAGCUCUGAAUCAAAGCAAGACAAGGAGGCGGCGGCGGCGGCGGAGGAGGAGGAGGAGGAGGAGGAUGGCAACAAUGUGCGAUAUUCUAGGAGUGACAUCAUGUUUGUCUACGCUAUAAAUGUUGAUGCUGGAGGCAUCUUAUGCAGUGGAGGUGAAGGUGGCGAGAUGACAAGCGACCAGUCACGUAGUCAGGGCGGAGGAGGAGGAGGAGGAGGAGGAGGAGGAGGAGGAGGGAGGGUGGGAGGAGUGGUUGGUUUUGUUGCUGGCGCCGAGUCUCUGUCUGUUCUGUUCUGUACCAUAGGAAGUUUGGUGGUGUCGCUAUGGUAUUGAGUGCGCUGUCACUUUAACUGACGACUGAUGCUCAAGGGAUGUGAUACCUUUUACAUGUGUGCUGAGCAGGAUGGUCUACGAGGGGGAGAUGAAGCUAUGGUGGUAGACAUUGUGAGAGUUGGGAUCGGCGGAUGGGAGAAGUUGGGGAGGGGGGAGAGGAAAGGGAGUCUAGAUGUGUCCUGAGCAGGAUGGUCUGCGAGGGGGAGAUGAAGCAAUGGUGGUUGACAUUGGGAGAGUUGGGAUUGGGGGAUGGGAGAAGUUGGGGAAGUGGGAGGGGAAAGGGAGUGUCUAGGAGGGAUGUUUUAAGUACCUUCGUUUGGUCAGUUGCUAUAGAUGGGGCACUUGCCCAAAGGCAACAAGGUUUGGAGUCAUUGGAUGGGGUUUUGUCGCUAGAAAUAAUUAAUCGUUAAGUUUUAACUAGCAAUGAUCCCAUGUGCAAUUGCUAGCGCACCUGCAGUUAUGCAUUGAGGCACGGGGAGGCGGCGGCCGAGGUCCCACAAGCUGUCAGACGGAAACCUGUUCAAGCAGGUUAGUGACACAAGAUUCAUCGCAGAAAUCACCGGCAUCU